GUCGUGCCGAACGCAAGGUUGAAGCGCAUCUAACGGUUGGCUCAUUCGGGAAGCAAUCGCACGACUCUUUCGUUCGUAUCGAAUUCGGUUUCGGUGUCUGAUUCGUUUUCGGUUUCGGUUUCGUUUUCGGUGUGGUUCGAUCGCUUGGCUGCAAUUGAAGCGCUUUUCUCGGCAAUUGCAUUCGGCUUUGUCGCUUUGAUUGAUGAACUCAGCUGAAAUAAGCCCAGUUGUCGACUCGGACUCGGUCAGUGCAGUCGACGUCGUCCAAGCGCGUACUCUGUCCACUUGAUGGUCGGUCAGUCAGAGGCUCUGCUCAUUAAACGUUGACAAUUCAAAUCUCAAAUCUCAGAACUCAAAUCAAAAUGCCAAAAAUAUAAAACCCGGUGUGUAAUCAAAUUUUUUGUGUGCUAUUCUAUUUGCGCUGCGUCGCGCUGUGACGCUUUCGCUUUCGCUGUGGGUCAUUGUGACCCUGCGUUUUAUAGCGGUCCCUGCAGGCGCUUUAUUCUAAUAACCCUCCAGUCAACAACAAGGGCCAGAAACACAAGUAUAUAUGUAUAUCUAUAUUUGUACAUAUAUAUAAAUACGAAUAUACAACAAGUUCAAUUCGCAUUUCAAAAUGUUUAUCGAGCUCUUCCCCGCUACCCAGCUCAGCUCAGAGCCAGCGUCGUCGUGUGCUUUGCCUUCAUAAAUUAUACAAGCGCAUUUUUGUGAACGACUUGCAAAUAAAUAAGCAUUUACGCUUUUAUUAUUGUGCCGAAGUGUGUGCGGGUGUGCGUGUGUACGUGUGUGCCUCCUCUGCAUCUGUGUGCGUGUGUGUGUAAGUCGCGUUUGUUCUGCAGAAAUCGGUCCCAUGCGGCGCAGAGUUAACCAAACGCAAACGCAAACGCAAACCCAACCGAAAGCAACAACAGCGUAAAAGCACCAAGCAGCUGGCAGUGCUCACAAGCAAUAUCAUCUCCAGCACACAGUCAUAUUUUGGUUUUGAUUUGUAUACGAUCUGUGAAUAUCAACAUAAAAACAGAAAAACAGAAAAACUGAAAAAAACAAAAACACAUUUAACUGUAAGCUCUUGUGACUUUCACGCGAAAAUGCUGACGCUUUUCACUGACAACGCGGCGCAUACGCAAUUCGCCUAAACUUCAAAGAGAAAACAAAACCGAGCCGAACCGAGCAACAGAAUAACGGCUGCAAUAUGAACUGCCUGUGUCGACCCUCGCGGAUAAUGUCCGUGCGCAUUAAUUUGCUGGAUGAGACCGACUUCAUACACGAGAUCAAGGAUGAUUUGCCGGGCCAAGCUCUGCUGGAUGUCAUUUUUGCCAGGCUCAAUUUAAUCGAGACUUCAUACUUUGGCAUUCGCUAUAUAGACGACGAGAAUCAAACGCACUGGCUGGAUCCAGCGUCACGCAUCUCUCGCCAACUGAAACCCAAAUCGGAUCCCUAUGACUUGUACUUCGGUGUCAAGUUCUAUGCGGCCGAUCCGUGCAAACUGCUCGAGGAAAUAACGAGAUAUCAACUUUUCUUGCAAGUCAAACAGGAUGUGCUACAGGGACGCCUGCCCGUUGCCUUUGAACUGGCCGCCGAACUGGGCGCCUUUGUGGUGCAAUCCGAAUUGGGCGACUAUGAUCAGCGACGCCAUUCGAAGGGCUAUGUGUCGGAGUUUCGCCUGCUGCCCAAUCAGAGCAGCGAGCUGGAAACCCGCGUCUCGGAGUUGCAUCAACAGCUCAAGGGCAUGUCGCCGUCCAGCGCCGAGCUGAACUAUUUGGACAAAGUCAAAUGGCAUGACAUGUAUGGCGUUGACUUGCAUCCCGUGCUGGGCGAGGACAGUGUGGAGUACUUUCUGGGCCUGACGCCUAGCGGGAUUGUGGUGCUGCGCAACAAGACGACGGUGGCUCAUUACUAUUGGCCGCGCAUUGCCAAAGUUUAUUAUAAAGGACGCUAUUUUAUGCUCAGGAUAAGCGAUAAAAAUAAUGAGCUAAGCACUUAUGGCUUUGAAACUCCACGCAAAUCGGCGUGCAAACAUUUGUGGAGAUGCUGCGUGGAGCAUCAUGCGUUCUUCAGACAGGUGCGCGUUGCACCUCUGCCCAAUUCCCAGUCACACGCUGCGGAUUUGUUUCAACUGGGCUCCCGCUUCAGACACAGUCGCUCGGACAAGCAAAUGGAGAAGGAUGCACUUGCUGCCGGACGUUCGCCGCCCGCCUUUACGCGCGUGCCCUCAAAGCGCCAGCCCCGACGCGUGAUUGAUGACUUUUUCAACAGCAACGGCGGAGGUGGAGCUGGCGGCGUCACUGGCAUCCACAUUGGCAACCGACCCCUGCCAUCCCAGCCGCUGCCCCUCCAGAGCCUGGCCAACACCAGUGGCAAUGCCAACGCCAACAACUACGACAGCCCCUACCGCUCCACGUACAGCAUACCCACCAGCUUGGGUGUGCGGCCCAGCCAUCAGCAGUCCGCACAGCAGAACAACAACUCCAGCAGCUACAACAACAAUGGCAGCAAUUUGCAGACACCUGACUCGCCGCGCAGCACGCGCAGCGCACCCUGGCCGAGAUCCCAGCAGCGUUCGCUCUUCGGCCACAAUCCGUCAAGUCCGCGCUCGGUGCGCUCGGUGAGCACCACGGGCGGCGGGCUGCAUCAUCACCACAGUCAUAGCCAUGGCCAUGGUACGAGUCAUCAUCAUCAUCAUCAGCAAUCUUCGUCGUCGUCGCAUCAUCAGCAGCGGCAGCAGCGCGCCAGCUCCUCAUCCGCCUCGCAUCAGCAGCAGCAGCGUUAUCGCUCCAGCUCCGUGGAGAGUCAUUCAUCAAACGAUUCGCGCUCCACACGCCGACACAAGCAUCGCCAUCGCCGCACCUCCGACAAUGAGAGCGAGCUGUCGCGUGGCUCGGGUCGCUCGGGACGUUCGCAUCAUCGCAAGCAUCGACGCUCGCAUCGGCAUCGACGCGACUCGGCUGGUGGCUCGGAUCAUGACAGCACCAGGGGACGCAGUUACUCGGGCCAUCGCAGCUCGUCCAUGCGCAGCGGCAGCGCCGAGCUGAUUGACUCAACCACGCAGUGGCGCGAGGUGCAACGCCGACAGGCGGAGGCGAGUCUGGGCCAGAGCUCCGUGCAGCAGGCGUCCGUGUCCAAGAGCAGCAUGGUGGCACGCAGUCUGCACAGCAACGACAGUCACUCGGACACGCACUCGCACCACAAGUCGCGUCGGCACCGCAAGAACAAAUCUCCGUCGGAGUCCCGCAGUCGCAUGUGGAACAGCGAGCUGGCCAAGCACCUGCAGUUCGAUCUGGUGGAUACCGCCGGCAUGUCGGAGCAGCAGCUGCGCGAGAUACCCUACACCGUGGUGGAGACGACCUCGAAGCGCUCCAACUCCAAUCUGAAGAUCCACAAGAGCAACAGCAAGAGCAGUGUGGGCGCCAAGAGCACCGGAUCGGGCAACACAAUCACGAACGGCAGCGGCUCGGCCGGAGCUGGGCAGGCGAAGAAUCGAGUGGAUCGCAUUCGAGGACUCUACUACCAAAGCUCUCAUCCGCAUGAUAGCAAUGUCGGCGGCGUGGGCGGCAGCGGUGGUGCACCCAAGAACGGAUCCAUACGCUCGGCGAGCACAAUCUCCUCACGAGAAUGCGAGCGCAACAAUGGGCAUGGCCUAGUGCGCAUGAUGUCUAGCAUGAGCAUGGGUGACUUUAUCUCGCCCACCGGCUCCAAUCUGAGCCCCUUGGAGAACUCGACGCUGCGCGUUUCGCAUGAGCACACGGACUCGGGACUGGGCGCCGAUCAGGACUAUGCCUACUCCUCGGAAAGGUCCAGCGACAGCACACGCUAUGGCACCAACAAAUCCUCCGGCGCCUCAAGUGGCAGCCACCGCAAGUCGAUUGGCAGCGCCGGUGGUGGUGGUGGUGGUGGCGGUGGCGGCGGCAACAACGGCGGCUACAACAGCCUCAUGCAACAGACUGUGAGUAAUCAACAGCAACAGCAGCGCUCACUAUUCGCACAACAGCAGCGCCAGCAGAAGCCCAAUUACAAAUACGCUUCCUCCUCGUCCACUAACCCGAAUCACAAUCCCAACCCGAGCCUGGCACCGGUGCAUAGCGCAUCUGCCUCAGCUACUAACUCAACGCCGCCGAACUCAUCUUCGGGCGGCAGCAGCAGCAACGCCGGCGCCGGCACCGGCAAUCGUCUGCUAAGUUACACGACCUUUGAGAAUAAUCAGUACAAGUUCAGUUUGAACAAUGCGCUGGGCAAAGGGUCGGGCGGCGGCGGCGUUGCCAGCUGCAACAGCAGCAGCAAUCUCACGGGUAACAUGGUGUCAGCUAGUGGUGGUGGUGGUGGUGCUUUCAGCAGGCAACGCAGCUUCGUCGAGUGGCCAAACAAUCCGGCUGCCCCAUACUAUUACCAAGGCCCAUCGUCCAGUGCGGCGCAGGUCAAGCGGCGCGAUGCCAAAUCGGAUAUUGGCGUGCCCACGCGUCGUCUAUCCGGCCAGAGUCUGACAAAGACGCAGCUGCUCACCGGUGGUGCAGUGGGCGGCAGCUCUCAGCUGGCCAAUGCCAGCUGCUAUCCCAUCCACUAUGCCAGCAGCAGCGUCUCCAACGCUGGCUACAAUCGUGCGCUGGGCCACCGCGGAGCUGGUGGCGCCCCACACAUCGGUGGCUUUGGCCUGCAGCCGGCCAAAUCUGAUCUUUUCUUGUCCUACAUCCAUGGCGGCGAGUACGAGCGUCCCUACAUCUACAACUACAAAAUGCCGCAGAUGCCGCCGGGCCUUGCUAACAACACUAGCUCUGGCUCUGGAUCUGGCAACGGCUCGGGCACCGGCUCGGGCACCGGCUCCGGCACUGGCUCGCCCAAGCAGCUGGCCAGCGCGUAUCACAUUUCGGGAUCCCAGACAGCGGAUCCCCCGCCACCGCCAGCGCCCCUGUACGGUGGCUCGGCGCCCGCCAACGAUGUCAUGUACUAUCAGUUUGACAAAGGCGCCGCCGUCAUGCCCGCACAGCAGCCGCCCAUUGUGCAGCAGCCGAAGGCGUCGGCGUCGGCGAGUGGCGGGGCCACUAGCACUGGGGGCAGCAGUGGGCCAUUAGUGUAUCUGCAGCAUGGACAGAAUAUCGCGCCAUCGAAUGUCACCUCAGCGCAGCAAACUGCAAUGCAUUCAUCGCACUCCUGCAGCGAGGAGGACGAGGUGAUGGCCGUUUUGGAGGCCCUUCGACCGGAUGCGACCACAACUAAUGAUGAAACCGAAGACACCGAUGAUGUGUAUGACGAUGAGGCCGCUGAGGCAGAGGAUAUGUUUGAUGCUGACAUUCCCUUGAUGUCACCCACGGGCAGCCACAAUAGUGCCAGUAACAGCAACAGCAAUAGCAACAGCAACUGCAAUAACAACAACAACAACAACAACUGCCGCAGCAGCAGCAACAGCCCCAACAGCAAUAGCAAUCGUAAUGCAAUUGCAACAACAACAACAGUGGCAUCCAUUUCCGCUUUGGCCAAUAUUAAUCUAGAUAAUUGCAAUGCGAAUGUCUACAGUGGUCAGCCGUGCGCCAACGACACCAAUGCACAACAGCAACAGCAACAGCAACAGCAACAUCUGCAGCAGCAGCAGCAGCAGCAGCAACAAGCAUUGCCAAUUACAAAAGCCAACCAAACGUUAAAUUGUCCCACAUUGAAUGCAAAUAGCAAUAGCAAUAGCAAUAGUAGCCAAACCAACUCCAAUACGAAUGCCAAUCCGAAUUUGAAUGCGCCACCCAGUGACCACCCAACAUCCCCCACCAGCCAACAGCAACACCAAUCCACAGCAACUGCAACUGCAACUGCAGCAGCAACAGCAACAACAGCAGCAGCUGCAACAGUUGCUGCCGCAACGAACUCACUACGAACCAAUUCCAAUACGCACUCGAAUUUACAACAAAAUCAAAACAUUUCCUCCAGCUUAGAGAUAAUCCUAUCGCCAAUUAUACAAAGUAGUCGCCGAGCGCAAUUCCAACGCCCGCCCACAACGACCACGGCCAGAGCCUGCAGCAGCAACAACAACAGCAACAGCACCAACAGCAGCAACAUCAACAACAGCAGCACGUUGCAGUAGCAGCUGCCACAGUUUGCGCUUCGGCACCCCCGCCAACUGCUUUCUGCAAACUUUGGCUGCAACAGCAACAGCAGCAGCAACAACAACAACA